CCGCGUCGCAAUGCCAUCCUUAUCACACGUAAUAAUUGUUGCAUCUGCUGGACUGACACAGCAAGUGUGGGUGCUUGGGUUUACAUCUUAAAUAGUACUAUUGUCCUCAAACGUACUAUUGUACUUAGGUCUUGUAUGUAUACCUAAAAUAUCUGAGCCAAACCUGGUCUAUAUACCCUCUGUUUAGCGCUCUGGUUCAAACAAUCGCAAGCAUGACUGGGAUAAGUGCAAAUAUACGGUCUGGUUCCAGGAUGAAAUCAGAUAGUAUCGAAAGUGGCACACCCGAUUUCGCCUAUAUACUCAGCCUAUUCGAAUCUUUUUCGCGAGAGGUUCAUGCAAAGAACAAGGCGGCGAGUUUAGUAUUUGGUGCUGACGAUGGGACAGACAAGGCUAGGUUUGAAGGCAACGAAUGGACAGAAUGGGCAAUGAACUCUGCUGAAAUGGAUCGAAACACAUCACAUUUCCUAGGUGUGGUUUCAAUAUUAAUAUACAAAUCGUCAGACACGUACAUGUGCGUAUUACUAUCCUCAUAGACUUUUCCGAAUCCUACAAAAGCAUAAAUAUACUCAUAAACACAAAUAGCUG